CGGUCCACGCAGCGGCCUCCGCGAGCGCAGAGAUAAAAGGAAGGCAAGGCUAUCCGGUACGCCGGCACAAACCGCACCACUCGCGCACCACACUUCCACCAGCCAUCUCCAGUCCUCGCUGUCGCUGCCUACAGGAAGGAGCACACGCGCUCGCUCGCAGCCCCCCGCUCCUGCUCGCUUCCCGCGUCGCUGCCGUCGGCUGAGCGGCCCCCGACGAGGGACGAGGGUGGAGGAGAGGCGUCGCCGGACGGAGCUGCGAGGUGUUUGUAGGAUUGCGUGCGUAGGCGAGCUUUCGAAGCUUGGGCAUAGCCAUCGCCAUGGCCACCGGGGUGGCACCGGCUCCGCUCCCGCACGUCAAGGUCCGCGGCGGGGGCAUCGGCUUCACCAAGAGCGUCGACUUCGCCAAGGUCCUCUCCGUUCCCGGUGCGCUGAGGACGGCGUCCUCGAGAGGCAGGGCGCUCGUGGUGUGGAGCUCAAGUACAGAGUCUGAUACCAUGGAGCUCGAGCCGGCCUCCGAAGGAAGCCCACUUCUUGUUCCCAGGCAGAAGUACUGCGAAUCUAUCCACCAAACAAGGAGGAGAAAAACACGGACUGUGAUGGUCGGGAACGUGGCACUUGGCAGUGAUCACCCCAUGAGGAUUCAGACUAUGACUACCUCAGAUACCAAGGAUGUUGCCAAGACCGUGGAAGAGGUGAUGAGGAUAGCAGAUAAAGGCGCUGAUUUUGUUAGAAUAACCGUCCAGGGUAAAAAGGAAGCUGAUGCCUGCUUUGAGAUUAAGAACACUCUUGUCCAGAAGAAUUACAACAUCCCUCUAGUGGCCGAUAUUCACUUUGCGCCUACAGUAGCUUUAAGAGUGGCCGAAUGCUUUGACAAAAUCCGUGUUAACCCAGGAAACUUCGCCGAUCGCCGUGCCCAAUUUGAGAAGCUGGAAUAUACUGAAGACGAUUAUGAAAAGGAGCUUGAACAUAUUGAGAAGGUCAAAACUUUAUUCAUUCUCUUGCUGCUACUUCAAUCCGCACGAACAUAUCAUGUGUCAUCUUACUUGCACGCCGCUGUAAUAUCAUUUCAGGUCUUUUCUCCAUUGGUUGAGAAAUGCAAGAAGUAUGGAAGAGCAAUGCGUAUUGGAACAAAUCAUGGUAGUCUUUCUGACCGGAUAAUGAGCUACUAUGGUGAUUCUCCAAGGGGAAUGGUUGAGUCUGCUUUGGAAUUUGCUAGGAUCUGCCGGAAUUUGGACUUCCAUAACUUUGUAUUUUCAAUGAAAGCAAGUAACCCUGUUGUCAUGGUCCAAGCAUAUCGCCUGCUUGUAGCGGAAAUGUAUAACCUUGGAUGGGAUUAUCCUUUGCACUUGGGAGUUACCGAAGCUGGUGAGGGUGAAGAUGGGAGGAUGAAGUCUGCUAUUGGCAUCGGAACACUUUUGAUGGAUGGCUUGGGUGAUACAAUCCGUGUAUCCCUCACAGAACCACCAGAGGAAGAAAUUGAUCCUUGCAGGAGACUCGCAAAUCUUGGAACUCAGGCUGCAAACCUUCAAAUAGGAGUGGUCCCAUUUGAAGAAAAACAUAGGCGCUAUUUUGAUUUCCAGCGUAGAAGUGGCCAGUUGCCUUUACAGAAGGAGGGUGAGGCAGUAGAUUACAGAGGUGUCCUUCAUCGUGAUGGCUCUGUUCUGAUGUCAGUGUCCUUAGAUCAGUUGAAGGCUCCUGAGCUCCUUUAUAGGUCUCUUGCUGCAAAGCUUAUAGUUGGCAUGCCUUUCAAGGAUUUGGCAACUGUAGAUUCUAUUCUUUUGAGAGAACUCCCCCCUGUAGAAGAUGCUGAAGCAAGACUUGCACUCAAAAGAUUAGUUGACAUUAGCAUGGGCGUGUUGACUCCCUUAUCAGAGCAAUUGACAAAGCCACUCCCACAUGCAAUUGUGCUUGUCACCCUUGAUGAACUAUCAAGUGAUGCAAACAAGCUUUUGCCAGAAGGCACUAGAUUUGCUGUCACUCUUCGUGGAGAUGAAUCAUAUGAGCAGCUAGAUGUUCUUAAGAGUGUUGAUAAUAUAACGAUGCUGUUACAUAACAUUCCAUAUGGUGAAGAGAAGACUGGUAGAGUACAUGCUGCUAGGAGGCUGUUUGAGUACUUAGAGACCAAUGGUUUGAACUUCCCUGUGAUCCAUCACAUUGAUUUCCCUAAAAGCAUCGAUAGAGAUGGUCUUGUUAUUGGUGCUGGGAGCAAUGUUGGUGCUCUUCUAGUUGAUGGUCUGGGUGAUGGUGUACUUCUUGAAGCUGCUAGCCAGGAGUUUGAAUUCUUGAGGGAUACAUCCUUCAACUUGCUACAGGGUUGCCGGAUGCGCAACACAAAAACUGAAUAUGUCUCUUGUCCUUCUUGUGGACGAACGCUCUUCGACCUCCAAGAAAUCAGUGCUCAGAUUAGAGAGAAGACCUCUCAUCUGCCUGGUGUCUCUAUUGCUAUUAUGGGUUGCAUUGUUAAUGGGCCAGGAGAGAUGGCUGAUGCCGACUUUGGAUACGUUGGAGGUGCCCCUGGAAAGAUCGACCUUUAUGUUGGGAAGACCGUUGUGCAACGGGGAAUUGCAAUGGAGGGUGCCACUGAAGCCUUAAUUCAGCUAAUCAAGGACCAUGGCCGUUGGGUGGAUCCUCCUACAGACGAGUAGGCUCAUGCUGUUUCGGGUAGUUCAUGUGUAGCCCGUAAACGAUCCGCUAGCGGAAAAUACAGUGUAUCCACAGAGGUCAUCCCCGCACAUAUUAUAUGUUAGUUGGGAAAUAAAAUAGUAACAAUGUCGGCUGCGAUUCUGCGACAUCUUGAUGAAGCAUAAGCAGCAUAGAAGCCUCUUGAAAUCACAUCACGGUAUAUCUUAAGCAUGUAGGAGUACAUUUGUAGAUGACAUGCAGAAAAUCAUAGUGGUUUUACUGUAUCUAGAACUAGAUGAUGCCCGGCUCGUUGCUGCUACAUUGUAUUCACAAAGGACAUCCCAACACAUAUUGUAUAUCAAUUGGGAAAGAAAAAAGUCCAUUUUACUACCCUGAAUAAAGUGGGUGGUUCACUUUA